AUGGCCUUGGAGAUCCACAACACAGAUAUUCUCGUGGCCCUGUCCGAAGGAUCUACAUUACGGCGUUCAUUUGAAAAUAUGGCAAAGGCUUUCGAUAAGGCCUUACGCGGCGACUUCGUGAGCGCAAAGUAUCUGCAGCUAAAGGCAGAAGAAGAAAAGCAACCUCCUCGGGCCUCCAAGUGGUGGCCCCGAUUGUUGCCUGGUUGGACCGAUGCCCCUAAAGAAGAAGUGAAAAUUUGGACGCAAACCCCUUACUCAUGUCUUGGGAUGGUGCGUGAGCUUCUUCAGAGCUCUUUGCAACGAGAGCUAAGGAUAGCAGAGCUCCUGAGUGAUGACCAUCGGGUAAUUCAAGACCUGACCAGCUUGACGAAUAUUCUGGUAGAACAACUUGAUAGUGGUCAAUCUCUUGAGGACGAGGAAGACCUGACUGAAAAAGCACACCCGACCCCGUUGAUCAGCGAGGCGGCGAUUUGUGGUGAGACCAGCAUUCGCCAUCUAUCGCAAACUCUGUACCACACUCUGCAUGAAAACUGGCCCUGCCAAUCGGAAGGGCAUGAGCAUAGCGGAAAGCUAGGCCAUUGUGUGGAAGCAAAGCUCUGCCUUGACCCCCGAUGGAGCUCGCGAGAUCCAGAUCCGUCGCGCGAUAGCUUUUUCAUCCUGUUAGCGGGAUCAGAUAUCAUUCAAGAGUGCCGAAUUCGUUGGGGUCCUAUUAAUGUUUCAAAUGAAAGGAACACACUUGCAUGCCUUGUUGACCACGAAGAUUCGAAAGACAUCUGCUUACAACUGACGAAGGAUGGCAAUAACAAACUAUGGGGUCUUGAGCUAGGGCAGCCACUUGAAGUCCUACAGCUGGAGGAAGAGUGCGCUGGGAGAAGCCUUGAAAGCCUUCGAAACUUGCUGGAGGUUGUGAAACCCACAUAUGCAGCAAAACGAGUUCUGGGGCUGAUUUUAGCACGGUCUCUUCUACACCUUCUAGAAGGACCGUGGAUCAACUGGUCUCUAUCAAUCGAUGAUAUCUCUCUCUUUUGCAAGGUGCAGAAUGGCCAUCCAUACCCAUUAUUCGACAGAAUAUUCCUCUCGACGAUUUUCAAAGGAAUUGAUAGCCAAUGCGGUUCUCAGGCUAGCCGACGGCCUCCUUACAGUGUUCACCCAUUUCCGACGAUCCUUGCCCUUGGGAUCGCGCUGGCCGAAAUCGAGCUAGGAGAUGAGCUUUCUGAUAUCUAUAAUCAGCCAUCUUUCACUGGGCUGAGAAACAAGCCUUCUAGGCUUGCGAAAAAGCUGUGGGAGGAAUGUGAGCGUCGGUUCCAUUUGGAGACUGGUUUAAUGCGGGCCGUCAGGUUUUGUACAGAUCAGACUUCGUUUCUUCGCUUUGCCGAUAAGGGCAGAGAAACUGUGUUCGCAGAUUCGGGAUUUGUGGAUGCAUAUUACAUGAAAGCUAUCAGGCCUUUGGAAGAGGAUCUCGUUAAUGGGGCGAAGUGGACAUGGGAUGAAGUAAAUUGGCUCCAGCGUCGCGACCUCAGCGAUCAGGGGAUUUGCAAAAUCAUUACCAAGUUGAAAAACGACCUCAACUUUGAUGAGAGCAGUCAUCCAAUGAUAAAAACGCAAUCAAAGGGGACCAAACCAUUAGGACCCGUGGCAUCCUUGCUAUCGAUUCCAGAAGCCAACGAUUCCACGGAUGAUAGCCAACAGAAUCUCCCAAUCAGCGAAACUCUGCAUACCCAUGACAAGAAAUAUCAUUAUCAAGCACCCGACACGCAACAUCCCGCGAGACCGAGGACCAGAGAUGACUUUGACGUAGCAAUUAUUUGUGCACUACCUCUAGAAGCCGAUGCAGUUCUUUCAACUUUCGAUAAUCACUGGGAUGAAAAACUGUACGGCAAGGCAGCAAAUGAUCCCAACUUUUAUUCAGUUGGCGUUAUAAAAGGUCGAAAUGUUGUUCUAGUUCACCCUCCACGCGCUGGCAAAGCCCCUGCCGCCAAUGUCGCUACUGCGUGUGCCAUGAGCUUUACCAAGGUGACUUUAGCCCUUGUUGUUGGGGUAUGCGGAGGCAUUCCGUUCAAAAACAACAGUGAAGAGAUCUUACUUGGGGAUGUGGUGAUUAGCAAAGGGGUUGUACAAUACGAUCAUGGACGACAGUACUCAGAUGGAUUCAAACGGAAGAUUGAUAUGGAAGCGUCAUUAGGUAGACCGAACCCACAAAUUGGCUCGGUUUUGGCGGCGCUGGAAACUCAGUUUCACCGAGAGAACUUCCAGCAUAAGGUGAGAACCUUCCUCGAUGACUUGGACGAAGAUGUGACAUCGUAUCCUGGGCAUGUGGAAGAUAGGCUAUUCCCAUCGUGGUACCGUCAUAAACACCACAAUACCCAGGUCUGUCGUGAGUGUGCAGACUGCCGAAAAAGUGACGACCCCGUCUGCGACGGUGCUCCAGAAUUAAGCUGCCGAGUGACUGGUUGCGAGGAUGUACAGCUCGUACAACGGUGUAGACAGAAUCAGAGGCAUCAACCGAUCGUUCACGUUGGUCUCAUGGCAUCUGGAGAUAGUGUUCUCAAGUCCGCUAUACAUCGUGACCAGAUUGCAGUGAACGAGAAUGUUGUCGGGUUUGAGAUGGAAGGAGCAGGUGCUUGGGAUGCCUUACCCUGUGUUGUCAUUAAGGGGGUCUGUGACUAUGCUGAUAGCCACAAGAAUAAACUGUGGCAGAAAUAUGCAGCAAUUACUGCGGCUUCUUGUGCUAGGGCAUUUAUCCAGUACUGGUAG